AGUUUGAGUAGAGUGGUAAUAUCUAUGUUGAGCGGGAACUACUUACCUUGUUGAGAAUAUAGCACACGCAAGGUUGUAUUAGAAUGAUGAGUGUUUCAUUUGCUUUUGUGUGCUGAAUCUUGGUACGUCCGUUGUGCUGCUAACAAUACAGGGUCGACGCCUCUCGAAAACGACGAUGUUCUUCAGUACUGGAGGUCGGCUCCCGAGCAUGCCGCGGAAAAUUUUGGCGGCAACGUUGCUCGUACUAGUAUCCACUGGUACUAUCGCGUCGGCGUCCGUAUUCGAGCUAACCGAUGCAAAUCUUCUGGAGAAGGAGAGCACCUCAUUGCAGGAAGUUCCGCUGACCUUCAUCAAAUUUUACGCGCCAUGGUGCGGACAUUGCAAGAAGCUUGCGCCGAUAUGGGAUGAGCUCGCUGAGGACGACGAAAUCCCAGCGAGCAGUAUCCGCAUGGCGAAAGUUGACGCGACGGUUGAGAAAAAAGCGGCACAAAGAUUUUUAUGCUGAGCAACAAUGAAUGGUGCUGGAUCCUUCUGGAACUUCUUCCGAUUUCGGAAAUGAUCCCUCUGCACAUUGAUUGUGUGUACUUAAAAAAUACCAAUACUAAUUACGGUUUUCUGUCCAAAUACGAGUUUCAUAUGAUUAAAUGCUCUGCACUUGGACGUGCACGGACAUGCCUGUAAUAUUAAGGAUGAGAACAUCUUACGUGGGAACUCACGAGUUGCCAUUUGACCAGGCAUCGUUCUUGACCUUUUAGACGCACAUCACUUUUCAUGUGUUGGAGUUCGUGGAUUCCCGACGCUGCUGCUGUUCCAUGGGAACGCGAAAUACAGUGUGAAGUACAACGGUCGCCGCGAGAAAGAUGCUAUGAAGAGGUGGCUGAUGCAAAAGGUGACUGACUUACCCUUUUUUAAGGUCGCGGAAGAUUUCGGCGACCCAUCGUCUCCGAAGUCCUCGUCGCUCUACGAGUACUUGACAAGCAAGCCGCUGGCUCUGCUGAAGGUAGGCGCGGAAGCAGGUGCAGAGAAGUCGCUAGCAUCUCGGAAAAAGCCGUCGUGUUUGUCCGGCGUUGGAUUUUCACUGAAUCCACAAGCGAUUGAUGGAUUUCCGGUCGUCUACGCAGAAACAGGUUCGAAGUUGUUGAAGGACCUGGUCAAAAAACUGAAGAAAAACAAGAGCUACGCACAGUCCGAUGCGCUUCUCAGGCAGCUGAAUGACUGGCGGGAAGGGGCAUACCUAUUCCGGAAUGGUGAGGAGAAAUUACGGAGCUUUUUUGACUCUACUUGCGUACUUGAUUUGAUCCUCGUUAGUGCCAGGCAGAUCAUCUUCAUCUUGUAUUCAUUUGUCUACUAACCAGGAAGUGCGAGAAUGGUUGUUAUGUGAAACUACAUUCACCUUCCCAGAUAUUGAAUUUGAGGAUCGCAUUGUGUUUUACGAUAAGGAGGCUGACGUGGCCGCUCAGCAGGCGCAGGACAAGGGUGAAUCGCCAUUGAUCGCCUUUAUCAAUGCCAAUCGCGCUGGCAAACUAAUUACCGCUUCCGCUGAGAACCAGGAGCUCUUUUUACAGAAUACGGAACCGGGACACGCGCUUGCUGUCAUGUACUCUUCUGACGAUGCGCAUAGAAGACUGGCUCAUGAGGCAGCGGUAGCGCAGAGUGAGAUCGAUGUUGAAGAACAGCGCCAAGAUAAUGCUGGUAGCACUCUCAAUAAGGCAGCAAGUAGCGGGGGGAAACGGGAAGUAAAGUGGCUUUCGGGUCGUCCUGGCACGUGGGCCGACGAUUUCGUGUCGCACUUUUUCGGACAGAAGGUUGAUCCUCCUGCCAUGCUCCUUUGGGAGUUUGGCGAGGGAGAAGACACGGACAAGGUCUUCCGGUUGGCCUCCUUUCCUCCGAAAUCACCCAAGGAUCUGCUGAAAUUCAUCAGGGACUGGCGAGCAAACAAGCUUGAGGCUGAAAAAGAAGCGCUGGUCACAUUGACGGUUGAAAAUUUCCGCUCCGUUACCAUGGACGAAACGAAGCAUGUGCUUGUCGAGUUCUACGCACCCUGGUGUGGGCAUUGCAAAAAUCUUGCUCCGACCUAUCGAUCGGUGGCGCAACAGUAAUCAGGCAAAUUAUUUUAUGUUUUCUUGUAAUUUCUUAUUCUUUAUAUAUAUAAAUAUCCUUAUCUUGUUUUUCUUAUUCGUAUCGCUUCUUCUUGCAAGUGGUUUUGAGGAGGAAGUUGGAAAGCCACGACCAGCUAGACUCCUGCUACUUCCAACUACAAUUCAACAGCUUCUCGGACCGGUCCGACGUCGUGAUUGCGAAAUUAGAUGCGACCAACAAGGAUGCGCGUAAAGUGAUUCCGAGCAUCAGUGGGUAUCCAACGAUUUACUUCUACAGCAAGACGAGCAAGAAAAAUCCGAAGAAAAUGGAAGACGGUCGCAAAUUCGAGGACUUCGUUUCUUUCGUAGAAAUGCAAAUGUCCGGUGCAUCCGCUGCAGGAGCUUCGGAAGACGACGAAGAAGAUGAGUUGGAUGAUAUGGAUGCUGACGACGUCGAUGCACCAACAGCAAAAAAGGGAAAAAAGGUAGACGAGGAAGAUGAUGAGGACGAAGAGCAGCGAGUGAUGAGAGCAGCAAUGGGCGGUCAGAAAGGCAAGGGGAAAGGAGGACAAAAAAAAAAGUCGAAUGGCGAGAACAACAAGUCGGGAGUGCUGCAUCCAUGUCCGGUAUAUAUUAUACAUAAAGAGGCGUGUUUGUACUACUAGAGUAUACCAAAUCCGAUUUAGAAAAUGACUACACGGUUCUUUUCUUGAUCAACAAGAUUGUUCGUCGACUCCACACUCACUAGGACUACGGCUAGGUGUUUCAUUCUCUUUUGAUGAAAAUGUUUUGAAGAAACCAAUGUUGCUGCAACAAAAUCCAGCGCGAUGCGGAUAUUCCAAAGUGCAACACUUGGUGCAAGGGCGUGAUGGAAAUACCGCACACGACAGUCCUUGGCGGCGCUAUGUGCAAAGAUGGCCCUCACGGACCUACCUGUACGUGCUACGAUAAGGAAAUGACACGGCCAUUUGCAAGUUGCGUCUCUGCUUGCAGCAACGUUGUAACUACAACGAAGUCCGCAUCAACAUCAACAGGGUCACCUUCGUCUGGCUCAAAGCAGGAGCAGGCAGAAAAGGCUGGGAAAACAGAAGGCAAGGAGAAGACCAAAAAGGAGAAGAUGAAGACCGCGAUGAAAAUUUCAGAUGCGGACGAUGAGGCGGAAGCCGCACGACUAACGCAAGAACAAGCAGAAGCCAUGGUAAAUUUCACACAUCCGGAGAAGCCCGUGAACCCGAAGAGCCGACCAGGAAUCGACACGAUGGGUACUUUUGUUGGGUCGCCAGACGGCUCGCCGCGUCGCUGGUUAUUGUACGACGCAAAAUUCGGUGAGGGAUUCAAUCUCCAACGCGAGGUUUUUCCGCGCGUGGCUCACGCUGUUUCAGUACUAAACCUGCGAAUUGAGGAUCGCUGCGGGGAAGCUGGAAUCGUUGGACAGGACCCGGAUUGCAUAUUGUGGGGUCUAGUGCUUCCACCGUGGUGCAACCUGGCGCACUGGAACAACACGGGCGACCAAGCUCCCAUCCGAGGAUGGGGAGAAUUUUUUGACAUGGACUUGUUGAAGUCCUUACCGAUAGCUGUAGCCGACUUCAACGAACUCGGAAGCAACGAAGUAGACAGAGUGAUCCACUACAGCGUUGCGCAGAAGGAAGGACUCAUUUUACGGAUAGGCAAACUUGAUGUACUGAGCAAUGGUCUUUAUAGAGAGAUAGAAGUCUUUAUUUAUCUGUACCUCCUGAGUAGAACUAGAAAUAGAAAAUAGAUGAAGAUGAACAACGGCAAUGCGUGGAGCUGAUUAUCAUCAAUAGAUACUCGAAGUUUACGAAUAUGUAAGAACAAGGUGGUACAAGAUGCACAUAAACUCAACAAACAUGCAGCGCUAUUUCGCCUUUUCUAAUACCAAGUCCUGGGAAGCCGGGAGAUAAUUUUCUCGGUUGGGCUGACGAUCUUUCGACCUGCGAAAACAGCGGGUCACUUUCAAGGCCAAAAAGGAGCGAUGUUUCCAAGAAAUUAACAUUUGAAACAGUGUAUUCUUAUGAACAAGCAAACAUGAUUAAUCUGGCCUCUGAAAUCAGGGGGAAUUUUGCGAAAGAUUAGGGAGAAAAUUGAAAACAGACACGACACCUGGGAGCGCGUCCCCGAUGAUCGAGAUGUCUCAAACACAAAACAACUCACUUCGCAACUCUGAAAAAUGAACACUGUUACAUAUUCUCCCUAAUUUUUCGCAUAAUUCCACCUGAUUUUCUUGCUUGGGUUUAGUCGUAUUUUCUGUUUGUUUCUAAUAUUCCGGAUACUGCGCUGGUGGCGUCAUCUCGCAAGACGUGCGAUGUGCGCUCUUCCGAACACCUUUCGAAAAUUCGGUCGUGGACCUGUUAGACGACCAAAACAAAGACGUCUCAACUGUUUUGCUCAAAAAUUACGACUAUCUGGCGAUACCCGAUGUUAGCACGAUGGAUGGCCUUGGUCUGCGUGAAGUUGUCGUCUUCAAAAAGGACCUGCGCAGAAUGGGCGAAAAGUUCAUGACAGAACAAUUCGGAGGUAUUUUUACUUACUUCGGUGCUCAUCUAGAAGCUCAAUAUUUUCCGCAGCUACGUUUGCAAAUGGAGGACUUUCUUCAUGACGCAAAUGAUACUUUUGAUGAUGUCAUACCCAUGCCUAAAAAACGAACUUCUUGCGUUGUUCGUUGUUUUAGGCCUGCGUAUUAUUCCUCGUCUUUUGCCAGUGAAGCCAGCCCAAACCCGUUGAAAACUACUUGAGCAUUUUCUUCAGGCACGAAGUUUAUCGCGGCUCACUGCCGUCGCUCUGAUUUUUUGCGAGUGAGAACAAGAACGACUCCUGAGGGAUGGGAGAGUAUCAUCAAGCAGCUUCGCAAACUGCAGAAGGAGACCGGACUGAAGAAGAUUUUCAUUGCCACAGACGCCUCUGAGGACGAGAAGGCUGCUGCCCUGAAGCUCAUGCCAGAACUCGUUUUUGCGCCGCAAUUCGACCCACAGCCAGGAAGACAAAGCAUUGUGGAGAUGUGGGUCGCGGCACGCGCCGAUUUCUUCAUCGGAACGCAGGAAAGCCGAUUCACUGGCGCCAUCCAGUUGGAGAGGAGCUUCUUGGGCAAAACGCAUAAGAAGAGCAACCGCGAAUUUGCGAAGUCUGGCAACGGCAAGCAGCCACUGGCAAACCCAAAGCGAGACUUAGGGUUCAACAUCUGGCGGACCGAGGCGGAGAGGGUAGAAUUGUAGCGAGGACUCGUAUUGAAGUUUCUCAAAUUAAUCGUUGUCAUAGAAGUUAACGAUGCAUUAUAAUUCACAUGUUUGCAGCAACUGCUAGAAGAUGAAGUGGUAGUAUUACGCACGACAUGAUGGCCUUUUCGGAGGUUUCACGAAGAUCAUGUUGAACAUAAACCGCAUAAGUAAUAAAGGCAUGUCCCAACUACGUUCUAUUUCUUAACACACGCAUUCCAUGUAAGAGCAAUAUCAAGAGCUUCGAGAUGAACAACAUCAAUAAAAUUUCGCACGACACGGCGUGAAAGAUAUACCAAUGUGAAAGAAAAGAGAACAAGCGGAAUCGGUCUCAGCUCGUGCUUACCGCAGCGUCUGCGACUCUCUUUCUGCUUCUUUUGUCUUUUCUCCUUUGGACCGUAGAAAUGCGGCGUAGCAGUUUCGAAAAGAGAAUCAUUCUCAUUGAUUAAUCCACACAAAAUAGACUUGCACACAAAAAGGAGAG